AUGCAACUCUAUCUCAUCCCACGAACCUUGAUUCCUCGGUCGAUUCUCCUCAACCAACGUUACUGGUACAGCCAGGACCUCUCCCAAUCUGCAACCCGCUUGGUCCACAUACAAGAUGUCGAUGCCGAUGUCGCUCAUACCUUUGUGCAUUACCUCCACACGGGGAAGUACCAGACACUCGACUCGCACGCUUUUGGCGAACCGCCCGAGGGCUCCAUCGUUGAAAGGAGGAGAGAACACCGCCGCGCCUUGCUCUCCUAUGUUGCUGCAACGACCCACGAGUUGGGUGGGCUGCGUAGACUUGCACGUGAGCGGGCGGACGCUUUGAAAUGGAUGGUGCCGGCGUGGAUCAUGCUGCAAGAUGUGGAGAUGGCGUACCAAAACUCGCAAGUGCGGGACGACUGGCUCGAUGGCCACGUGAAGGGAAUUCUUCAGAAAUACACGGCCGUCGAGAGGCGAGGCGCGGGUAAAGAGUUGGUCCCGGGUCUGAAGAGCACCUUCGCUCGCUCCCUACUCGAUGCCGCUUUUGACGUGCUCGUUGAUGGGAAUGCUUUGAAGAUGCCAACGGCACCAGAUGCUGUGAGUGACGAGAACAUGAGUUCGGGGCUGAGUUUUGAUGCCGAUGUCAUCGAGUUGGACCAUGAGUGCGGAUACGGACACAGCUCAACCGACGAGAUGUAUGAACCUCAGUCCCCGGAUGCAGCGACAGUUUCGAUCCCCGAUUCAGAACAGGCAACCGUGCUGGAGCAGCCGAGCCGUCCAUCCAGUCCUGGAACCAUUGAGCCUAACCCUACAGUGAAGACCUCACCUUCAAUCCCUCUCAAGCCUCGCCGCCUUCCUGACAGGGGAGCUGGCGUAAUGGAUGCGGAGCAUGAAUGGAUAAGUCUACCGCCACUGCCACCGCCACCACCGGUACCGAAGACUCCUGGGGCACGAGCAGCGCACAAGCUUGAAGGAGGAAAGGAUGACAAGUCUUCGGAACGGACCGCCACACCGCGUCCUGGGGUUUUUCGAACAGCUCCUCGGCCGCUAGAUGAGCCAGUGUGUCGACUAACAAUGCCGCCGCCCGAAACUCGUUCGUUGGGCAUGUGGGGAGCGAUCGGUCAUCCAGAAUUGGUUAUGUGUCCUCCAAAAGGACACAAGCCUGGCAGCCAAGCACCCCCUUUGGAGAAGAGCAAGUGCAAGAAGAAGAAAACAGCCAAGCGCGCACGAGCUGCCGGCUUACCAUACACCGAUGGCUGGUUUCCCACUCCGCCAGGCCCUCAACUCUCCCACCCCGAGCCGCCCUUCCUGGACCCAUUCCCGAAAGCGCAGAUGGGUUUCCCCGCCACAAAUCCUGAUUAUAUCCCUCCUCCUCCUCCUGGAGUAGCGGACCUGUUCGUGCCUGCCAUGCCACGUCAACCGCCUCUUUUCCCGCCGAGCACGCAGACGACGACAGCCACGCCUCCGCUUAUAGCACCUCCUCCGCCCCCAGCGCCGCCGACCGCCAUCGGGCCCCCUCAUCUAGGGCCCUUCGCCCAGUACCACAUGCCCCCGCCACCACAACCCCCUCAACCCCCUCAAGCCCACAACAACAACAACAAAAAUAACCACAAAACCCCAAACCCCCCUCCCCCUCCCCCUCCCCCUCCCCCUCCGAACCGGUUCGGAACCACGCUGCCGCCAGCGCCGCCCGCCCCACCACCACCUCCCAUCCCAUUCCCUCCAUUCAUGCUAACACCACCACCACCGCCGCCGCCGCCACCACCACCUCCACCACCGGCCGACGCGACCAUCAACGCAGACAACGAGUGCACCCUAGGCCUCGACAUCGGCCCAGGACUGCCGAUUCCGCCAUACGAUCCCGCCGACGCUUCGCCCGUCGUUGUGCCGUCAUCGACUGCGGGGAGCGAGACGGCGGCGGGCAGCGGAGAUGGAUCGGAUGAAGAAGAAGAGGAAGAAGAAGAAGAUGAUGAUGACAAUGGGGAUGGUAUCGUACGCGGCGGUGGCGGCGGCGGCGUGACGUGCGCGCUCAUGUCGGAGCAUCUGGCGGGGAGGGGGUGGCGCCGGUGCGGGCAGUGUAAGGCGUUGGUUAUGUUGGCGACGCAGGUGGCUAGGGGGCAGCGGCGGGGGCGGCAGCAGGUGGGGGAGGUGGGGGAGGAGGGGGACGAGGACAAGGAGGAUGACGGAGAGGGGAGUGGGAGCGGUGGUGAGGACGACUUGGGCUGUCCCAGUGAAUCUGUGAUGAGCGAGGGUGUUUAG